GGCGAUAAGAACCCAACUCUAUCCCAUUCACGUCGCCGAACACCCUUGGAACACCCUUCGUUCUUUCUAACCGCCCUUUUCACAUCACCCCCUGCUCUCCGUCACAUGAGCAUUAGUUGGUCCCCGGUCACCGGCGUUUCAAGAAACCCGCUCUCAGGAUGGAAGGCCUCGCCGGCUGCAGCGUCGGCGGCCGCUCCCUCCUCCGCUUCCCUUCUCCUGGGAGCAAGCGCCGCUCCCUUCCCCAUCAUGGCCGGUCCGGCUUCUACCCGGUGGUUCGCGCGUCUCGAGGAGGCGACGGCCCGGAGCUAGACAAGUGGGACCAGAUGGAGCUCAAGUUUGGACGGCUCCUCGGCGAGGAUCCCAAGCUAACCCUAGCCAAGAUAAUGGCGAGAAAGGCAAACCCAGGUGUCUCGUAUCUUGAUGUUGAGAAGUCAUUUAAAAAGAAUAAAGGUAAACUAGAUGAUUACAUGAUUAAUGUUCCAUCGGAUAUGACUGUGGAAGGACAGCCUUCUGGCUCACCAAAUAGAACAUAUCUCUUAAGCCAGAAGGGGGCCAAUAACAUGCCACAGGAUGGAAUGUUGAACCUGUCACGCCCACUCAUGAACAAGGUAAUCAAAGCCACAAGGCCAGAUGAAAAGCCUGCAGUAACUGAGAAGCAGCCAAAUCAUUUUUCAGGUGACAGUGUCCAGAAGAGUUCAAAUAUUGCCUUGCGGAAGCCUACUGUUUUUCAAGAUGAUGACGCUGAAAUCGAUUCAAAGCUGAAAAUUAAACCAAAUCUGUUCUUGAAAAUGAAGAAAGGUUUGAGUGAAUAUUCUAGUAAUGUAACCCUUCUAAAGAAGCCUGAGGUCUUGAAAACACCUUUGAACAGUGAUCAAGAGAAUGCUCCUUCCGAUGGUUCCAUUCAGUCACAUUCUAGUGAGAUAAGGGCUCCAGAUAAUGAUGUGAAGCUCUUGAAACCAGAUAAGAUACCCUAUGAUAACAUGACAAUGACUAAAGAUGUAGAAACCUCAGAAGGUUGUCAACAGAAUAAUUUUGACAUAUCUUCAACUAUUGGCAUUAUGGCUGUGGAGAAUGAUGGCAUUGAACCUUUAGAUGGGUUACAGCCGCCUAAGCAAAAUGGUACCGAGACUCAUGAUGUUGAGGCUUCCACAACAGCUUUGAAUCAUAACUCAGUGGAGUCUAGUGAUGAUACCUCCAAGCAAGCUACCCUGCUAGGAAAACCUCAGAGGAUGGAUUCAUCUGUUAAAGAAGCAUCACAUCCAGCUACACUGGAGAAAGUUGUUUUCAAUUAUGGGGAGCAUGAUUAUGACACUGGGCAUGUUAUAUCAGCCGAGCAAGAGGGAAUUGAAAUUGGUGACUGGAAGAAGGCACAAGACUUGCUCCAAACUGGGGAAAAAGUUGAAGUAGAACUGAUUAGUUGUAGUAACAAGGGUUUUGUUGUGUCAUUUGGAUCUUUGAUGGGUUUCUUACCAUAUCGAAAUCUUAGUGCCAAAUGGAAGUUUUUAGCCUUUGAAUCAUGGUUAAGGAAAAAAGGUCUGGAUCCCUCUUUAUACAGGCAGCAUUUGAGCAUUCUGGGGACUAAUGGUGUGAAUGUUAAGAAUCCUGGACUGGAGUCUAGUAGAAGUCAAGAGAUUAGCCAGAAGGAUGAAGUGUUGCCACCAAAUAUAAAAUUUGAAUCUCUUCUUGAGGCAUAUGACCAAGAGAAGACCAAGUUCUUGUCAUCCUUUAUUGGUCAGAGAAUUAGAGUAUCUGUGAUACUGGUUGACAGAAAUUCUAGAAAGAUAAUGUUUUCUGGAAAGCCAAAAGAAAAGGAAGAGUUGGUUGAGAAAAAGAGAAGUGUCAUGGCUAGACUUAGUAUUGGUGAUGUCGUAAAAUGCCGCAUUAAGAAAAUAACUUUCUUUGGCAUAUUUGUUGAGGUCGAAGGGGUACCUGCAUUAAUCCACCAGUCAGAGGUGUCAUGGGAUGCGACUCUGGACCCAUCAUCAUUUUAUAAAAUUGGGCAGAUUGUAAAGGCAAAAGUUCAUCAACUGGAUUAUGGUCUUGAACGCAUCACCUUAUCUCUUAAAGAAAUAACGCCAAAUCCAUUAAUGGAGGCCUUAGAAUCUGUUGUUGGUGAGCGUACAUCUGUGGGUGGGAAUCUCGAAGCAGCGCAAGCAGAUAUUGAGUGGGCUGAUGUGGAGUCACUUAUUAAAGAAUUGCAGAAGAUUGAUGGAGUCAGUAGUGUUUCCAAAGGACGUUUCUUUUUAAGCCCUGGUUUGGCUCCAACCUUUCAGGUUUAUAUGGCUUCUACAUUUGAUGAUAAGUAUAAAUUACUUGCUCGUUAUGAAAACAAAGUCCAAGAGGUGAACCAGGGAAUUACCAAGUUGUGUUUCAAAGAAGUUUACCAAGUAGAAUUAAUUAAAACAAACUAGACACUCUGUUGCUGCUUUAAUUCAUAGUAUUUGAAUAAAUGUAUAAAUUUAACGAAGUGAUCAAUGGAUAAACUUGUAUUGGCGCCCCAGGAAACACAUACCACACAUAUCCUGUCUAAGGUGCCCUUUUUUCUUCUCUGCCUUGGUUAUUGUGAAGAUUGUCAUGAAUCUUGAUGAGCUAAUGAUUUGUAAGUAAGAUAAAUUUCUGAUGCUGAAUAUGCA